AGAGAGGGACACAGUUCACACACACACACACUCACACACCAGCGAGACACUCAGCGACAUUGCUUCUCCCUGAGGAUCACUCCCUGGAGCCUGUCUGUGUCAGGGGAGACCUGAGCCUGAGACCAGAACACUGUUCCUACAGCAGGGCGAUACCUGUACAGAACCCGUCCCUGCGUCUUGACCCGGAGGUGCCAUGGCAACAGACAGCAACAGACUUGGAGACACCACGGCCACAGAGACAGCCACCAGAUUGGUGCACCGAAACAUUAACAACACCAACAGCACUGUCUCCAAUGGAGAGGUCACUAACCGUGUGGAGAAGCACGCUGAGGAUUUGAUGCAGUGGAAGAGGCAUGCGGAGCGAAUUAAGAGUAAGGUGCUGGACCAGAUUCAGGGGCAACUUAGUGACCUGCUAGACAAGGCCCUGACUGAAUCUGUCCAGACAUUCACACAGAACGGGAACCAUGGCAACAACUACGUCACCAGGGACGGGACAGUCACCACCACUAACAACAACGACCACUCACACAGAACCCACACGGAAAAGGAUGGAAAAGUAUUUAUGGACAGACGCUCCAUCCUAGAUGAUCUGUUUGAGAUCAACCACAUUCGGACCAUCUACCACAUGUUCAUCUCAGUGCUCUUCCUCUUCAUCAUCAGCACACUGGCUGUGGACUACAUCGACCAGGGCAGACUGGUGCUGGAGUUUGACCUGUUGUCCUAUGCCUUUGGGAAACUACAUAUAGUAGCUUUGGCCUGGCUGUUGAUGUUCAGCUACACGUUGGCCGUGCCCUACUAUGCCCUGGCUCUCUGGGGUACUCUCUACCAUCGCAGCCCGGUACAGGGGGUACUGUCGGUGGGCGCUGGGCUGGUGCUCUCCGUCUUGCAGGCCGUUGUACUGGGGAUUCUCCCUGUAUACGUGGUGUUUCACUACCAGCUGCCUCCAGCCUCACGAUUCAUCAUCAUAUUGGAACAGAUCCGUUUCCUGAUGAAAAGCUACUCUUUCAUCCGAGAGAAUGUCCCAGUCAUCCUAAAACACAAGACAAAGGAAGGAGAGGGUCCCAGGGGAGAGGGCCCCAGGGGAGAGGGCCCCAGGGGAGAGGGCCCCAGGGGAGAGGGUCCCAGGGGAGAGGGCCCCAGGGGAGAGGGCCCCAGGGGAGAGGGUCCCAGGUUCCCAACGUUCUCGAGCUACCUCUAUUUCCUCUUUGCUCCCACCCUCAUCUACAGAGAGUCUUACCCCAGAAACCCACACAUUAGAUGGAACUAUGUUGGCGUAACGUUUGCUAAGAUUCUGGGCUGUCUUUUCUAUGGUUACUUUAUCCUGGUGAGACUGUGCAUCCCUGUCUUCAUGAAUGACAGCAACACGCCUUUCAGCACCAGAACACUGGUCCUGGCCUUGUUCCAUGCUACACUUCCAGGUAUGUUAUUGCUACUGCUGGCGUUCUUUGCCUUCCUCCACUGCUGGCUAAACGCCUUCGCUGAGAUGCUAUGCUUUGCAGACAGGAUGUUCUAUAAGGACUGGUGGAACUCGACAUCGUUUGCCAAUUACUACAGGACCUGGAACGUGGUGGUUCAUGACUGGCUUUACUACUAUGGAUACAGAGAUUUUCUCUGGCUGUCCAGAAGGAAGUUCCGUACGGCAGCCAUGUUGUCAGUGUUCGCCGUGUCGGCCUUGGUCCAUGAAUAUGUCUUCACCCUGGGCUUCGGAUUCUUCUACCCAGUGAUGUUCUGUCUCUUCGCUUUCUUCGGAGUGGCGUUCAACUUCACUCUGAACGACAAGAGGAAGAGUCCUGUGUGGAACAUCAUGAUGUGGACCUGUCUGUUCAUUGGCCAAGGGGUCAUGGUGUGUCUGUACUGCCAGGAGUGGUACGCCCAGAUACACUGUCCUCGCACUGGGGAUAGCUUCUGGGAGUUGGUGACACCCCGAUCCUGGUCCUGCAGCAACUAGGUCUGAAACUACGUCAUUGAGUUGCCUGCUUCAUCCAGGGAUUGAGACAUGGGCUGAGUCUCAAUAGUAAUCCCAGCUGUUCAACGCUCCACUUUGAACUUGGUGUCAGGGGACAAACCCAGCGUGUAAACCUUGCCUUUGAUCCUUGGCUAAAACAGACGCCCUUUGAGAGUGUGAUUCAUUGAUAGAAUCCUGUCAGGAAACAAGAUCUAAAGGUGGAAUAUAAACAAGAGGUAGUAGUAGUAGAAAACGUGCUUACUGUUUGGAUGGAACAUGUACGGAUGGAUUGUGUAUCUAUGGAUGUGUUUAACUAUAGUAGUGGGGACCAAAGGUCCUCACAAGAAUAGUAAACAAAAAAACAUUUUGAUCAACUGGGGAUAUUUUGUUAGUCCCCACAAGGUCAAAUGCUAUUUCUAGGGGGUUUAGGGUUAAGGU